AUGGACCCCCACAAACCUGACAGACUCAGAUGGAUUUGGAGUAAGAAUGGGAAGUUUACUGUUGCAUCUGCUUAUGCCAAAUUUCUUAAUAAAAAAUGGAGUCUUUUGGAUAGGCCUGAAGGAAGCACCAACAACAUAGAACUCAAGAAUGCCAGAAAGAAGUUGUGGAAUCUCAAAGUGAAAGGGAAGUUGAAGCAUAUCAUUUGGACAUGCAUCAACAACAUCCUGUCUAUCAUGAGUAACCUCCCAAACAAAAUCUUGAAGUUGACCAGGUUCUCUUUGUGCAUUGAGGUUUGGAUCUUAUCACCGUUAAAAUAA